AUGAAGAAACUCCUUCUCCCUCCUCUGCCUCUUUACCUCCUUCCCCUGUUUCUGCAAAUUGCCACCCUACUCUCUGCACCUAUCUACACUUCGAUAGAAGACAUCACCAUCAACUGUGGCUCUUCUGGAACCUCACUCAACAUAUAUGACAACCGAUAUUGGGCUGGAGAUAUCAACUCAAAAUUCUCCCCCUUUGAAUUACCCCAAGCUAACACCAACACCUCAUCCCAAGUCAGAGAAGCACUUCCCUCCUCUUCUGUUAGCCAAGUACCUUACACUCCCAGUGGGGCGGAUGGCUGCUAG